AGCAGACAAUUAAAAGGAAACACACACACACACAAACUGAAAGACAUGAAAAUAACGUUAUUCUAUUCUAUUUGCAUCACAAUUUUCUAUAAUUGUCUCUUUAUUUUUAGUUUAGUUUCAGUUUCACCCACCUGUACAUCCUCCAUUCAAUUUUAAUUUAUUCUUCCAUUACAACUCUCUCUCUACACAAAUUAGGGUUUUUUGCCCCAAAGUUUUAAUCUUUUUUCAUCAAGUUUUUGGCUUUGUGUGUCCUUUUAAAACCUGAUCAGGGGUUUUGUUUUCAUUAGAUUCAAUUAGGCCCAGAAUUAUAGUUUCUCUCUUGUUUUUUCUUUGUUUUUAAUUUAUUGGGUGUUGAUGAUGCAUUUAUUUAUUUAGAAAAGGUAUAGUGGGCAUCAUUCAAUAUAAAACUGGAGUUAUUAUCAGGAUGUUUAGCAUUUGUAUAAUUGAUAUCAUAAGUUUUUUCUUUCACUUGGCUGAAUGGCAUCCUUUGGAAUAGCAUAUCUGAAUUGGGCACUAUAAGGCCCUUUUUUCCAUAGCAUACUUGUCAUUCAGAAUUAGGAUUGAUUUUCGUUUUGUGCCGAGUAUUCUGGUUGAUGCUUGCAAGUUUGAGGGUUUGAUGUAUCCUAAGAGCUAUUCACUUGCAAGAGUAAUGGGCUGUUGUAGCUGUUUUGGUUUCUCCUGGAAGCCCAAACGAACAACGAGGACUGUUACUGUGAGGAAUCAUAAUCUAUCCCAGGAACUUUUAUUGGAUGAAGAAGUUGACGAUGAGGACGAUGGCUCAUACAAUGGUAACAUUACCGACUCUGCUUACGAGGAGGAUGCUGAGUUACCAAUCCGUGUUAAACAUUCAGAAGAAAUUUUAAGAUUUAGAGAACAAAAUGGAAUGAUAUGUAGGCAAUUUCCUGUUAAGGAAACUCAGAUACUUAUUCGAUCAGAGGAUGAUGAUGGUAAUAAGAUGAUUAAUGAAUAUGUUCGUGAGCGGAAGAUUGGCGCUGGUAGCUAUGGAAAAGUGGUUUUAUAUCGAAGCAGUAAUGAUGGGAAGCAUUAUGCAAUCAAGGCUUUUCACAAGUCUCAUUUAUUGAAGCUGCGGGUUGCACCUUCAGAGACUGCAAUGAGUGAUGUCCUCCGAGAGGUUCUGAUCAUGAAAAUGUUGAACCACCCUAAUAUUAUCAAUCUCAUUGAGGUGAUUGAUGACCCAAACACAGAUCAUUUCUACAUGGUUCUUGAAUAUGUGGAUGGAAAAUGGGAUUGGGAAGGUUCUGGUCCUCUUGGAGAAAUUACCGCUAGAAAAUACUUGCGGGAUAUUGUAUCUGGGCUAAUGUAUCUGCAUUCCCAUAAUAUAGUGCAUGGUGAUAUUAAACCUGACAAUUUGUUGGUUACUAGUUCGGGUAUUGUGAAGAUAGGAGAUUUCAGUGUUAGCCAGGUCUUUGAGGAUGAUAAUGAUGAACUUCGCCGGUCUCCUGGGACCCCUGUUUUCACUGCACCUGAGUGCUGUCUAGGUCUAACCUAUCAUGGGAAAGCUGCUGACACAUGGGCAGUAGGAGUGACUUUGUACUGCAUGGUUCUUGGACAAUACCCUUUUCUUGGAGAAACACUACAGGAUACAUACGAUAAGAUUGUUAACAACAUUUUAGCACUCCCAAAUGAAAUGAACCCUCAGCUUAAGGACUUACUUGAAGGACUUCUUUGCAAAGACCCGAAACAGAGGUUGACGUUAGAUUCUGUAGCGAAUCAUAGUUGGGUUACGGGAGAAGAUGGACCCGUUUCUCAAUAUCUAUGCUGGUGUAAGCGCAAUAGCCUUCAUAUGGAACAAUCUAAUGGGAGCAAUGAUGAAGCACACACGACGAUCAUUAAUUCUGAUGAUAAUCAUACUUACUAAAAUAUAUCGAGUAGUUUGAUCUGUUGGUGUAUAGUAGGAAACUUGGCACGCCUUUUCGUUUUAUAUUUUAUUUUUUUUCUUUUAGUUUUGGUGCAUCUUUUUGAUUGUCGAGGGAGGGAGGCAUGCAAUAUGCGCCAAUGCCGACCAACUCCGGGGAAAAGUUAGUGUAGGUUUUGGCUGAUUCAGGUUAAGUUGUAAUGAUUAUGGAAAAUAUUUCGAGCUUUAUAUUCGUGAAAAUGCUAGUAUGAUUUUUGAGGUG